AUGUUUGACGCAGACUGGUCCCAGUGUUCAUUCAAGCAGUUCUUUCCCGCAUGGAACAAAACACUUAUCGAUUUGAUGGUCAAUGAAUGCAAUAGCACCCUGGAUCUCUACCGUACGCAUCCUCAUUCAGCCUAUGCGCUAGCCGGCUGUCUCCUCGACAGCACACCAUCGUUCCGUCAAUCUGAGAUGAAUGCGGUUUCUGUGAUGCUUGGUCUCACGCCUACCGCCAUUGGGUUGAUAGGCCCUACAACCGUGCAAACGAGUAUGCUGGGCCUUCGUAAGCCUAUCCUGGCGUUGAUGGUUGCGCUAGGAACACCGGCAGUGGGCCCGCAACGUGGAAGGGAUUUCGUCAUGGCCGUAAAGCGCAUGGGUAAACCCUUUCCGAUACCGUCAACAAUUGCAUCAUACGAUGAUGACAUCUCCAAUCCUAAACAUAAAAACUUCAUCUCCGGCAUCUGUCUUGGCUUCGUCAAGAUCUUCUGGACUAUUUGGCCCCUCGGUGUCUAUCUUGUUGUCAUGGGGUGUAUGGCUAACAACGCCUACCUUGCCUAUCAGCUCGGCUGCUGGUGUAUUUGCAGUUUUUCGCCUCCUGCCUCAUGGCUACCUUCCCUGUGGAUGUACCUCGCGCUUGUGGUGCAUAUCGUCUCAGUGAUGACAAUGUGGCGUCUCGUCACUGUCUCUGGCGGACCUUCAACGCAGGCAGACACGCCGAUGCAGUGGCUCCUAUGGAAACUUCAGAUGGAGAUGGAUGAGUUGACGCCACUCGUCGCGCAUGUUAGGGAAGGACUGCCUGGGAAAGACGAUUGGUUUCAGUUGCUGGUCUGGGCGUUGUAUGUUGGUGCAUCGCUUCAUGUCUUGUUCGGGCUGGUGGUCUUGGCUGGUAUGUUAUUCAUCAGCAUGCAGGAUGCAGCAUUUGUCGUCGCACGGUAUGUCGCUUGUACACUCGUCUGUCGGCUGAUAGUUGUUGUGGAGAAUGUAAAGAUUCGUAAGCUGGGCUUCAACAUUGAGCAAGAGGUGGACUGGAGUGAUGUUAUCGAUUAUACUUAUUAA